AGGAGGCAGUAAACAGUUUUCUGAGCUUCUCGGCCUAGAGUCGCCUACCUAACUUUCAAAACCUCACACAAAAGUCUGUAACCACACACCUGAAAUAAAGAUAUUGCAACAUUAACAUCACUGUAUGUCUAUCGUUACAAACCAUCUGCAAUACAUCUCUAAUAUCUAGUUUUCUGUUUACAAGACCUGAAUUUUGUGCUCUCCCGGUCGCGGAAACUGAUGACGAAAAAAGCUAAAUUUGCCAAUUUUUCAAUCGCUGCAGAAAAUUCCCUGAAAAUGAUAGCCCCAAUUGCUACACUGUUCCAUACUCCAGUAACACUGUAAAAUCUGAAAAUAAGCUGAAAUAUAUGGGCCAUCCGUACCGUUUUUUCACUAUUCCACUUUUUCUGAGGCCCCUGCUAAAAUGACAACCCCACUUUAAGCCAGCUCAGAGGAAGCAUGUAUACGCUCCUGCAAGUCAUUACGUCAUACUAUCAAGAUCAAGGCUACUCAACUGAUUUUCUUUAAAUAAGUGAAACUCAAUUCUAGCCGCUGAAACUUCAAUUCUAGCAAUUAUUAUUAUUUACAAGUUCAAAUAUGCACUUCAUUCCGUAAAUUCCCUCUUAUUUGUAAAUUUCACCCCGGCCAAUUCGACACUAACAGCUGAAAACUGUUUACUGCCUCCAAACAAAACGGUGUUUCGUAGACAAGACCUUAAAUGCACAUAGGACUCUUCAAACUAAACAAUGGGUGUUCUUGUAAAAAUUUGUCAAAGGUUGUCAAGAAGUUUAGCUGCCUCAACUCCACAGUGCACAUAUAGAAUGAUUUCAAGUUUAAAUGGAAGUGUUGACAGAUAUAAUGGUGUGACUGUUUCAGUGAAGGACAACAUUUCGCCAACAAUGAAUAUUCAAGAUUUUCAAAAUUUGCUAAAAGAAUCUAUAGUCAAAUGGAGAUCAGAGGAGAGAACUGCAAUAUGGUUACAGAUGCCUAUAGAUUACAGUAGAUAUAUAGAAGCAGCUUCAGCAGAAGGAUUUCAGUUCCACAAUGCAGAAAAUAGUCAAUGUUUAUUGAAACUGUGGCUGAGAGAUGGCGUAGAUGCCUCACCAAGGUUUGCAACACAUCAACUUGGUGUUUGUGGAGUAGUUAUAAAAGAAGAUACACGAGAGGUUCUUGUGAUGCAGGAAAGAAAAAGUCAAUUCAGUAAAUUUUGGAAAUUCCCUGGUGGACUUGCUGACCUUGGAGAAGAUAUAGGUGAUGCUGCGGUUAGGGAAACAUUCGAAGAAACUGGUAUUAAUUCUGAAUUUGCGUCUGUGAUAGCGUUUAGACAACAACACGAACACCCGAGCGCUUUCGGUCGAUCUGACCUUUAUGUUAUAUGUCGUCUACGACCUCUGACCUUUGACAUUGUACCAUGUGACCGAGAGGUUUUGAAAUGCCAAUGGAUGCCGAUAGAUGCACUACGAGAACAUGCUCAAAUAACCUCUAUUACACAUAGACUGACAUCCGUGAUAAUUCAUGGACUUGACAAUGGAUUUAAUUCCAUAGAUUAUACUGCUGAACAAAUGAAAUCUGUAUAUAAAGGAUUGCACUUCACCUUGUUUCACAGGAAUAUACAAUAAUGUUGAAUAAAACUUGUAUGUAGUUUC